GAUAAAAAGACAAAGCAUGGGAAGACUGAGGAGGAGGAUCCACGACAACUGAGGACGUUCCUCUCUCUAUCUCUCUCUGUCUCAGCUAAUUAAUUAGCCAAUCCACUGCCACUUUUGUUUUAGGAGUACUUACGUGCUGUUCUUUUCUUGCUGACUGCAUCGAAUCCAGCCGAUUCCAGAUGGGAAGGGGAAGGGCUCCUUGCUGUGAUAAGAGCAAAGUCAAGAAGGGGCCUUGGAGUCCUGCCGAGGAUUAUAGGCUCAUCUCUUUCAUUCAGAAGCAAGGCCAUGCUAACUGGCGUGCUCUUCCAAAACAAGCUGGGCUGUUGCGAUGUGGAAAGAGCUGUCGAUUGAGGUGGAUUAAUUACCUAAGACCUGACGUCAAGCGAGGCAACUUCACCCCUGAAGAAGAGCAAACCAUCAUUAACUUGCAUAACGCUCUGGGAAACAAGUGGUCUAAAAUUGCAUCUCAUUUACCAGGAAGAACUGACAAUGAGAUCAAGAAUGUUUGGAAUACGCAUUUGAAGAAAAGACUGGUUAUUGGAAAUGAUGAUGCUAACUGUCAUCAAAAAAUUGAAACUAGCAACUCAUUCACAAGUUAUUCUGCUUCGCCUUCUCCUUCCUCCAGUUCCUGCAUCUCUUACGGGGAGCUGAAUACGGAAAAAGGACCUGGGGGCGAUCAGGAGGGCCUACACUCCAAAGUUGAUGAGCAGCAGGAACCGUGCAUUUCGCCAACUCAUCCAAAUGCACCUAAUCUGGAAAACUUCGGCCAACCUGCUGAAGAAACCUGCUCGCUCGACAGCUGCAUUAAUUCAAAGGCUUCUCCUGAGGUUCGAAAGACCACGACCGAGGAACCUAAAGAAAUGGCUCAAGAUGGGAAUACCAUGGAGAUCCCACUGGAGCCGGAUGCUGAUUUUUGGAACUUUUUGGACGGUUUAGAUCCUAUGGAUAAGCCCACUGAAUGUCAACCACAGCAGGAACAUGGGGUCUCCCAGAGCUCGAACUUUGGAGAAAACCAUCAGGAAGAUGUUCAUGAAUACAAGAGGUGGUUGAGAUACUUGGAAAAUGAACUUGGACUCGUUGGAGGGAAUGAUGGGGAAUGUCCACAAAAGGGUGCAGGCGCAGAACAGCAGCAGCAGCAAUUAGUCACAGAUACUUCAGACGAUGAGAUGAUGUCUAGGCCAGAAUUUGAUCCAGCUGCUAUGGCUUACUUUUCAAUGUGGCCUUCUUCGCCUCAAAACUUUGGUAUCUGAAGUCAAACUUGGAACUUGUGAUUCGUGGAGAUCACCGAACUUGGCAUUGACAAACUUUGUUAUCUAGCUAGUGAAUUAGUAAUAACUAGGAAUCCUUUCACAUGAAACAGAGGUAUACAUACAAAAGUACAAACACAGGGCAUUCUCAUGUAUGAUCUGGUAUCUGUCAUUCUCCAGAGAUUGUACCUUAGACUAAGACUAACGAAGAGAUACCACAGUAAUGCAGUAUCCAUUGACAUUAUGUGUUGAGUCUGAAACUAGCUAGUAGUAGUGGGUUGGUGAUAUUCCUCACUAACCAGCACUGAGCAGUAACCGUAGGCAUGUGGAGAAUUUAUAGUCUAUAUAAUACAGCUUCCCCAGUCCCCACAUUUUAGAAAA